AAAGCAUCCCGGGCCCCACGUGCUCCCCAAGGCGCUGCUCAGCCCCAGGCCGCCUCCAGCGCCCGGUACCGGCCCGGCUCCUCCUCAAGCGAGGCCGGGGCCAGGGCCAGGCCCUUGGGGAAGGCCGGUAGCGGACCGGGCCAGGCUGGCAGCCAGCCGGCGGCCAGGAGGGACCGCCUCCGCCUUCCCCUUCCUUCCCUUUCCCUUCCCUCCCCGCCCUCCUGCCUCGCCCUUUUGCUUUCGUUUUUCCCUCAGCUCGGCAGCCGGCGGCGGCGCGGCCAUGGAGAACGGGGCCGUGUACAACGAUACCACCGAGCCGCACUGCAAGGAGCCCCACCGGCCCUGCGGCUGCACCCGGCAGCACCUGAAGGGCUGGAGGCUGCCGGCCAAAGUGCUGCAACCGUUUCUCUCUCUUCUGGCUGUUAUUUUUGAGGAAAUUGUGGAGGAUUGUAUCAAUUGUGGUGGACUUUACUUCUUUGAAUUCACAAGCUGCAGUGCUUUUCUUCUGAGCCUCCUGAUCCUCUGUGUGUAUUGCACUGUUGCAUACGAAACCUUCGGGAAAGAUAAAGUAAAGAGAGUGAAUUUGUGGGCCAUGCUAGCCAUAGGUGUCAUUUUCCUGUUAGCUUCAAUAGUUCUUGCUGCAACGAGCUCUGCGUUGGCUGCUGAAACUACUGCAUGUGUAUUUGGAUUUUUUGCAAGUGGGGCAUUUUUAGCUGAGUUUGUGAUGGAGUAUUGGGACAGUCGGAAACGAAGCGCCAAAGAACACCCUCAAAAUUCAGGCAACACUCAGAGCACCGUAGAAGUUUCCCUACUGAAUAAGUAAAGCUGAACUUUCUGAAAUUAGUUCCUUUUUUUUCAGUGGAGCAAACUAAAAUGAAGUUUCAAUGUUCUGUAGGUAAUAACUUCUGUCUCUUCCUUUGAAUCAAUUUUUUACAUGUUGCUCAUCGCAAAUUUUUAUAGAUCCUUAGGUUAAGUAAUAUCAUCUUGAACAUCAUGUUCUAUUUAAUUUUGUAGGUAACUGGUCCUGCCACCUCUCUAGGUGGCAUACACUUAAAAAAAAAAAAAAAAAGUUUAAAUAGAAUAACACAAGGACAACAGUGUGCUGAUUCGAUUUUGGAAGGAAUGACUACUAAAAGAUAAUCUGUGAUGCAUAAAUUCUCAGUUAUGCCUUAAAGACAUUUUGUAUAUGAACUGGACCAAAUAUAUUUUCUACUAGUUACAAGUUAGUAUGGUAGAAUUCAUUCUCGUACUUACUGGUCAAAUGGUAAGUGUAAAAGGGAUACCUAAUUGCAGCUUUACAAAAAUGCUUAUCUUUAUGUAAGGGUUUUUGGUUUGUUUUUACUAAUUACACUUUUUAGUUCUGUCUGUGGAGAUCAGUUUAAUGAAAUAGCUUAGGGUUUUUAUGCAGGGGGUGAUAUAAUGUUUUUUUUAAGGAGACAGCUUUGCACCCCAUGGUUAUUCAAGUUCAGACUUGUAUGCCAGAAUAUUCCUUCAGACUAUUUCAAAAGUGACAAAAGUAACUGGGAAAAAAAAAUGAAGUGGCAUCUGUGAGAGGAAAAAGUUUAAGUAUUUUCACAAAGUGACCCAGAAGUAGCAAUUUGAACAUCAGUGGGAGAAAGAUUACAGCAUGUUGUAAUAUCAACUAUAAUUUGCAGGGUUAAUACCAUGCACAGCUUGUUUAUGCAUAGGUAAUGGUGAGUUUUACCAGAAUGGUUAUGGACAGCACCAUUUUCUGUGCUGAUAUCUACGUUACUAGUAUGAGACUUCUUGCUGCUGGCUAACUCAGUUGGUGAACAGGUAAAUAAGCACUCGUAACCUUGAUUUGUCUUAAAAGCAAGGGGCCGUGAGACUGCAAGAAACACUACUGAUGCAACGUGUAUCAGACCAGUGAGAGACCUAUCAGACUAGAUGUUGAUGGCUACUGUGUAAAAAGUGAAGUGGUAAAAAAAAAAAAAAAAGGCAUUUUGCAGAUGUCUGAGGUAGAAACAAAAUUGCUAAACCUCAUUUAGAGGGAAGCCCUCAGAAGUAGGGUGAACUGCUGUGAGUCAAGAGACAUUCCAAAAUACCAAAGCAAAUGAGAAAAAGCUGAUUAUGCAAAAACAGUUCGUGUUUGGGUUCUCAUGACAUCUGUCGUAUCUUCCAGGCAUUAACUCCACUUCAUCAAUAUCAUUGUCUGACAGAUUUAUAGUCCUGUAACCUGUUGUGGCAGCAUUGAGAGUAAGCCCUCCAGAAAUUGUCUGAGAGCUAUAUUUGGAAAAGAAUGAGGAAGCCAUUGUAAGAUAAAGCAUUGUAAAAGAAGGUCAAAGGUUUUUGUUGUUGUUUUUGUUUUUUGUUUGUUGUUUUUUUCCUCCCAGUACUGCUGCUUUCUGAUGACUGUGAGUUUGUGAUGUUCUCUCUCUAAGCUCUGAGACCUAACCUUAACACUACACUUCACUUGGGCAGAGUACAAUUUUGACAGUUGGUGUGAAUCAUGAGGUUUAAGCUGUAGCUUGGUUUCAGAACCAUGCAUAAAAUACAUACUUUCCUUUGUGUCAUUUCCUGCUUUGUGAGGAUGAAAUGUUCCUUAGAUUAGAAUUGAUUUUCCUUGUAUUUAUUAGUGUCCAUUUGCACUAACACUUGAUCUUGGUGUAGGUGUACAGGGCCUGCCGUAGCUGUGUCUGAAAACUGGGUAGGUUAGAGAUGCUUUUGUUUACAAGCAACGUUACUGGUUACCAAACUGGCCACAGUGGGAAAUAUCUCUGCUGCAAUUUGCAGUGUCUUACUUUGGGGUUUGUGUCCACAGCUAUGAUUAAUAUUUUAAGUUUGGGUUUGGUUUUGGUUGGUUUUGUGGGUUAUUUUAUUUUUUAUUUUUCUUAAUUAUAAUUAUUUUUAUUGCCUGGCAUUCUACCUAAUCAAUGCACAUCAAGAUGCCUGUAGUUUCUAAAUCUUGGUAUAUAAUUAAAAGCUAUAAAUAUGGUGUAAGAAUAACACAGUGUUGCUGAUAUUUUUAAAUGAUGCAGCACAAUGGUGGGGAUUGUGUCAUGGCGUAAUUUUUCCUUUUUUUUUUUUUCCUCGUUGAAAAUAUGUGAAGGGAAGUAUGGGUUUUGAUUGCUUUCUCUGUAAGACUUUUCUCCACCUAAGUGCUUAUUAUUAUGAUACUUUACAAAGAAACUGAGUGUGCUGUUUUCCUUGUAGCUGUUUCAAGUAGCUUUUACCCAUUUUCUCACUGACUCACUGAUCCCUGUAUGGAUUUGAGGAUCCAAUUCUGUCGCUGACUGAAAGGGAUGCAUUGCUGUCAGCUAAUGAAAACGACAAGUGGGUAGUCGUUUGGAAACUGGUUACUUCUGUUUUCCAUGUCACAGUUACUAAUGGGGAACCUGUUAUUCUUAAAGAAAUACAUAGCGCUCCAUCCCAGACACUGCGUACCUGGCACUAACCUGUCACGUAGCAGUUAAAUACCACAAGCAGCUCAGCCACAUGCUGGUUAUAGGCUUAAGGUAAUUGCUAAACUAUUGCUGCCAAAACAGCUGUUGGCUAACAACACGGUUUCUAUACGGUGGUACUAUUAAUCCCAGGCUUUAAGCUGAAGGGUUUUGUUGUUUAAAGUCAGCUGAGAAUGAAGUUUGCUUGCAUGUAUGCUGUUCUCUGCUUCUGGGAGGCGGUGUCCUUAACUGCUUUGUCAGCUCCACAAGAUGAAGGGGCAGAUGCUGUCCCUGUGUCCCUCCUGGCACCUCUGCCCUCGCAGGCUAGGUGGGGUGAGGGCUGUGCGGAGUGGCCCCCUGCAGUCUUGAAGUGCCCUAUGUCAUGCUUUUGGUGUUGGAUCCAGGCUUUGAGUGUUUCUCAAUUGGACCAAUCCCAGAGGAUGGCCCUGGACCUGGAUGAAACGUCUGUUUUUGCAGGAGCUGUGUGUGCGGCUGGAUGCCUCUUACCCUCCCGUGCUCUGUCAGCAAAGUGGUUUGCACGUUUCCCAGCCUGUUUCUGAUGAAACCAGCCUGCUUUACUUGAAGCAGUUUUUUAAUUGCUUAAAUUUAAGUCGGCUGAUUUUUGACUGAAAUGGAUGAGGGACUGUUCAGGAGAGUGGUGGGAGCUUUGGCAGAAGGGCAGUUACGAGGAACUGUCUUAAAUUUCUCUUACUGUUCGCAAAGCAACCAUCCAUGUACAAUCUCAGAUGACAGUAAAACCUGUGGAAAGGAGCAGUUGGCCAUGCAUCGAGCUGAGGGUUGUCUUCUCCCAUCUUCACCGCAGUGCUUGGCAGUGGUGUCGUGAGCCUGCUCAGACACAUUAAAAGCUUUAGCCUUUUCCAGUUGAGCCUGUCCAAAAAUACUCAAAGGCUCUGCACUGAAUUUCGGGCCUUGUUUACAGUGCCGUGAGAAUCGGUGCAAAGGGUUCUCCAGGACGUGUGAGUACUUGUUGUGAAGAGGUUGGUCUGAGAGUUUCUCCGAAAAUCUGCAUGUGCAUUAUGUAGAUUAUUAAGAUUUUUUUAUGUGUUCUGCAUUUGGCUCACAUUAAAAUCAUGAUGCUAGCAACACCCUUUGGAUUCAAGUAUGUGAAGGAAUCGUGCCCUACUGCUUGUGCUCUGUGCUUUAAAAACAGCAGGGAAGGAUCGUGGUCUUCUACAAUUCAGUUCUGCCAUUGCACCCUCCGACUUGAAAAUGCAGUCAGUUGUCUCACACAAGUCUCAGAGCUCUGCACAAGAUGUUUUUGCAUAAUGGCCAUCAUGGUAAUCCUCAUUCUGUUCAAAUUUGUGCAAUAAAAAUACCAAACUUACUACGCUGAAGGGAAGCAUUUGGUGAGACUUUAGAAAGGUUAUAUAAAAUUGUCACGAAUCAAAAUGCUGGUAGUGCCUUCAAGACGGAAAUUCAUCUUUGUUCUGCUUUAUUGCUGUAAGCAGCAGCAGAUUAAAUUUUAGAUUAAAUCUAAAUUAAUCAUCUAGAUUAAAUUUUAUGCUGUUCAGAACUAUCACUUUCAUACCUUUGAGAAUUUAAGUGACUUAAUGAUUAUUAAAUCAGGAUGAUAACACAGUGGUUUUAUAUAUUGUAUAAAAUAAUUUUUUUUACAGUUUUGUAGUCAGUGUUGCCUUGAACUUCCAUUAAAAUAAUUUUGAAAUGUUUAACUGUUUUUCCAUUCUAAACCUGUGGUCUUUUUAAUGUAUUAUGCUUUUUUUUUGGACUUAAGAACUUUAAAAAAUAUUUUGUAAUCAUUUUUAAAAUAAAAUAUUAGUUAAAUAUG